ACCUCCAGGGCAGUAUAAAUGCCACCUCCCAGCCGGAGGGCCUCCAUGGGCAGGAGCGGGUACUGGUAUUGCUGUUUCCAUCCUAAGUGAGAAGGUGAUCAUGGCAUCGGACCACCAGACUCAGUCCUCUAAACCGCAGCCCCUCAAUCCCAAGAUUGUCAUCUUUGAGCAGGAGAAUUUCCAGGGUCGCUCCCAUGAGCUGAGUGGGCCAUGUUCCAACCUAAAGGAGACUGGGAUGGAGAAGGCGGCCUCCAUUCUUGUGCAGUCGGGACCCUGGGUCGGGUACGAACAGGCCAACUGCAAAGGAGAGCAGUUUGUGUUUGAAAAAGGUGAGUAUCCUCGAUGGGACUCUUGGACCAACAGCCGCCGGACCGAUGCACUCAGCUCACUGAGACCCAUCAAAGUGGACAGCCAGGAACACAAAAUCAUCCUUUACGAAAACCCAAACUUCACUGGGAAGAAGAUUGAGAUCAUCGAUGAUGACGUGCCUAGCUUCCAUGCUCAUGGCUACCAGGAGAAAGUGUCAUCUGUGAGGGUGCAGAGUGGGACCUGGGUAGGCUACCAGUAUCCAGGUUAUCGAGGCUUCCAGUACCUAUUUGAGAAGGGAGAGUACAAGGACAGCAGUGAUUUUGGGGCUCCCCACCCCCAGGUUCAGUCUGUACGGCGCAUACGCGAUAUGCAGUGGCAUCAGAGGGGCGCCUUCCACCCAACCAACUAGAGCCCAGUCACCCCAGCACCGCCAUCCAUCAUGCAGGGAUGAGGCCCCAAGCUCCUCUCAUCACUCCCAGUCCAGGCCAUUGGACUGUCCAAGCAAGUGAAUAAAGUGUGAACGGCAAAA